GGAUGGACGGGGCCCCUGCGGCCUUGGGCAGCGGCGACGGCAGCGCAGAGGAUUUGGAACUGAGAGCUAAGACCACAAGGAAAACUCCCAGAAAGAACAUUCCAGCAAAAGGAUCAUCCCAAGAUUUGGAGUCUAGGCUAAAGAGCACAGAGGGAUCUUUGAAAGAGACCAUUCCAGGAGAAGAGUCAUCCCAUAGAGAGAAAAUUGGAAGCAGUGCUGGUCAUUUCUGCUAGACUUGUGGGGACUGUGGGGGAAGUGAGAGCCAGGUAAAGAGUCAGGAGAUGAAGCAGGAGAGGGAUAUGAGAAAAUUGACAAAACUCCGGAAGAGUCCAAAUAGAGACAAAAUAAAUGAACAUCAGGAACAUGGCAAAGCUUUCAUUCAAUCUUCAAAUGUUUCUGAACAUCAAAAAACCCAUGCUGUUGAGAAGGCUUAUAAAUGUAAUGAAUGUGGAAAAGUCUUUGGUCAGAGCUCAACUCUUUUCAGACAUGAGAGAAUUCAUACUGGAGAGAAGCCUUAUAAAUGUAAUGAGUGUGGGAAAGCCUUUAGUAGAAGCUCAAACCUUAGGGUACAUGUGAUGAUUCAUACUGGAGAGAAGCCUUAUAAAUGUGAUCAGUGUGAGAAAGCCUUCACCUUGAGUUCAUCCCUUCUCAAUCACCAGAGAAUACAUACUGGAGAGAAGCCUUAUAGAUGUGACAACUGUGGAAAAGCCUUCUUUAGGAGAUCAAACCUCAAUUUGCAUCAGAAGAAUCAUACUGGAGACAAACCUUAUGAAUGUACUAAAUGUGGUAAAGCCUUUGCUCAAAAGUCAACCCUUUUUAAACAUCACAGAAUUCAUACUGAAGAGAAACCUUUUAAAUGUGAUACAUGUGGGAAAGCCUUCUAUGAAAGUUCAACCCUUAUUAGUCAUAAGAUGACUCAUACUGGAAAGAAGCCAUAUAUAUGUGAUGAGUGUGGUAAAGCCUUCAGUAAAAAGUCAGUCCUUGUUAAUCAUCAUAGAAUUCAUACUGGAGAAAAGCCUUAUACAUGUAAUGAGUGUGGAAAAACCUUUGUUCAGAGCUCAAAUCUUAUUGUACAUCAGAAGAUUCAUACUGGAGAGAAGGCUUAUAAAUGUGAUCAAUGUGGGAAAGUCUUCACUCAAAAAUCAACCCUUUUCAAUCACCAGAAAAUUCAUAAUGAAGAGAAGCCUUAUAAGUGUAAAGAAUGUGGGAAAGCCUUUGUUCAGAGCUCAAACCUUAAGGUACAUGAGAAGAUUCAUACUGGAGAGAAGCCUUAUAAAUGUAAUCAGUGUGGGAAAGCCUUCACCCAAAGUUCAUCUUUUUUCAGUCACCGGAAAACUCAUACUGGAGAGAAGCCUUAUAAAUGUAAUCAAUGUGGGAAAGCCUUCCUUAGGAAGUCAAAUCUAAAGGUACAUGAGGAGAGUCAUACUGGAGAGAAACCUUAUAAAUGUACUAAAUGUCAUAAAGCCUACACUCAAAAAUCAACCCUUUUCAGACACCAGAGGAUUCAUACUGGAGAGAAGCCUUAUACAUGCAAAGAGUGUGGGAAAGCUUUCAUUGAUAGCUCAACCCUUCUUGUACAUCAGAUGACUCAUACUGGAGAGAAGCCAUAUACAUGUAAUGAAUGUGGGAAAGACUUCAGUACAAAUUCAGUCCUUGUUAGUCACCAGAGAAUUCAUACUGGAGAGAAGCCUUAUACAUGUAAUCAGUGUGGGAAAGCCUUUAGUCGAAGCUCAAAUCUUAAUGUACACCAGAAGAUUCAUACUGGAGAGAAGCCUUAUACAUGUAAUGAGUGUGGAAAGGGCUUUAUUCAAAGAUCAAAUCUCACUGUACACCAGAAGAUUCAUACUGGAGAGAAAUCUUAUACAUGUAACCAAUGUGGGGAAACCUUCAAUGACCAAUCAACCUUUUUCAGUCACCAGAAAACUCAUGAUGAAGAGAAGCCUUAUAAAUGUGAUCAAUGUGAGAAAGACUUCAUUACGAAGUCAAGUCUUGAUAAGCAUCAGAAGAAUCAUUCUGGAGACAAACCAUAUAAAUGUAGUCACUGUGAGAAAGCCUUUGGUGAACACUCACACCUUUUCAAACACCAGAGAAUUCAUACUGAAGAGAAGCCUUAUAAAGGAAAUGAAUGUGGGAAAGCCUUCAUUCACAGCUCUAACCUUAAGCAUCAGACAAGUCAUACUGAAGAGAAGCCCUUUCUAUGUAAAGAGUGUGGGGAAGCCUUCAGUAACAGAUCUUCCCUUGUUAAGCACCAGAGUUUUCAUACACAUGGGUUACGCAAGUAGUGACUGUGAGAAUGCCUUCAGCAAAAACUCAGAUCUUGUUAUUUACCAGAGAAUUCUUACUGAAGAGAAUCCUAGAAUGUGGGAGCUGAAUGGUCUGCCUCUACUCAGACACUCAUCUUGGGCAGAAGUCCUGUGAGGCUGGAUUCUGUUGGGGAAAGGCUGGCUUCUAGUCAAUAACAAAUCUCUGAUCCCUGUGGAAUGACUCUUAUGUGCUAUGCCAUUUCUAUGGAACUUUUCCUUUUCUUCUCAUAUGGGAAGUUUGCUUUAUUUCCCCCCUUUUCUAGUUAGUUAUGAAAUGUAACUAAUGUUUGUGUAUCUGUCUGUGGCCUGAGGUGGCUCCAGCACAGCACUACCCAAAGCCCAGAGCCAUUUAUAGAUCCUGGAACUGGCAGGUUGUCCAACACUUACCCCAGAAGAGUCUCAUUUUUAAGCCAUUGCUAACUGCAAGUCAUAGGGAGGCAGUGGAGAAUGGCAUGAAGUCCUGUUCCUAAAGACGGAAGUCUGGUUGCAUUCCUGGCUCUGUCAGGUGUAUGUCCUUGGCCAAGUCACUUCUCCCUCAGCAUACUAUCUACAACAUGAAUUGAUGGGAUUGUCCUGGGUUAUUUCUGAUGUCCCUUCCAGUUCUGAAUGUUAUGAAAACUAAAGAUCAUCAUUCCCUGCUUCCUUCCCUUCCUCAUUAUACAGGUGAGGGGCCUGGGGCCCUGAGAGAGGUGAAGGCUUGCGUAGGGUUAUACAGUAAAUCUGGGGAACAGGCAGAACUAGACUCCCUGCUCCUGGUUCCUGGUUUCCAGUCCAGGGUUCACUUUUCCACUUCUCCUAGUGUCCAGUUCUAAGCAGACCUGAUGCUCAUUAGAUUUCUGUGAUUAUCUAUGCCUUCUGAUUUCUAAUUCUAAACUUAAGCUAAAUCCCAACCCAGAGGGGAAAAUUCACCAAGAGAUAUUAAGACUCUCAACUUCAUCCUUAAUCUUGUCCCCAUUCUGGACUCAACACUCUCCCAGGCUCAUCUCAUUCUUCUCUCCUCCCCAGAAACCAUGUGAUGGAGCUUCAGAAGCCUGAUUAUCUAUUCACAAGUAUCCCUGGGAAGUAAAGAGAAGGGAGGAGUAGGGAGCCAGUUAGUCUACUUGGAGAGAGAGAACGAGGCUCAGAGGAGAUGUGGGGGAUGGAGGGGUGUUGUUUGUCCUUCCUCUUCAAAGAGAACCAUGACAUCAGGAGAUGAGGUCAUGACUUACAGUAAGUUGGAUUUAA